AUGGUUGAACCUGCCAAUGAAGGAAUACUCGGUAAGAGACGUCGCUCUGGUCCAACAGAUCCAGGAGUCGCUCCAAAGCGAGUAAAGUUCAAUGCACAGGUGGACAAAAAGAAAAGACCCAGAACUAAAGGAGUCAGAAAUAAGAUAAAAACUGAGAUAGAGAAGGCAUUACUGCAGAAAAACUCUCCGAUUGGUCAUCUUUUCGGUUCCAGGAAUGAUUGGGGAGAACCAGAAGCUUCCUUAAUUGAUGUUUUGAAUAUUCUGAAGCUGAACAAUGCCGAGUUCGCAAAAUUAAAGCCUAACGCUAUUGUACAGAUUUCGAAUCUUUCCACUUUGUUUAAAAUAUAUGUUGAUGAGAAUAUUUUGAAGAUUGCGUACAUACCCCCAACCGAAUCCAUCGAAGAUUGUACCGUAUAUAUUGAUAACCUUCCCGCAGCAUGCAAUGCAGAGAGACUUCUUCGGCUUUUGAACAAAUAUGGUACCGUUGUGAAGCUCACAUAUCCAAAAACACAUUCAAGAAUAGUAACCAUGUUGGGACACAAAAUUGAGAUGGGAAAGAAAUUCCGACCUUUUGCUUUUGUGCAAUUCACAUGUAGUGCACCAGUAAAUGCUAUGAUUAAAGCUUAUUAUGAGAAUUCAAAGUUUCUAACUGGAAAGAAGCGUCGGAAUGUUCCGGGUAUAGCUGAUAUCAAGUUGAAACUGAAGAGCCGACUUCGAAGAGUGUAUCAACAGCUUCUGAUGAAGGAACGGCAAGCCAGGAAGAAAAGUGUUUCCUCGAAAAUAACUGAACAAGCCGUUCGAAAGCCAUCUACUGUUAAUGUCGAAUCUCCAAAGAAGCUAGACUCUCGAAAAAGGGGACCAAGGAAAUCAAGUGAAUUAACAACACCAGCAAGUUUUCCGAAAACGAAAAAAAAAAGAAAACGAGUUCAUCGGAGAAAAAUACGUUCGUCCUCAUAUUUACCUUAUUCCGUUUCACAUUAUUUCAAAAAUAUUCAAGUUGUGACAUUCGGACAGUAUAAGCAGUUAAGAUCAGAUUACAUGGAAAUCAGGAAUUCUUCUGAGAGAGUCUUUAGAAAUUUUAUCAAAAGGAAUGAAAUAUUACCAAGGAGGGGAAAUAUAUGUCGUAACAUCGUUCAGUUCCGAGAUAAAGUAUGGAGUCAUCGAGAAAAAGAUGAUGCUUUAGUACCUGAACUGAGGUCAUACAUUAGCCCACCCGCAUUUUCUUGUUCACCACGAUCAUCUUGUUUCUCACACAAUCCGUAUGAUUAUAAAAUAAGCUACUCUGAUCUCUUACUUCGUUCCCAUAGUCUUGUACCGUGCACGCUGUCAAAUAAGAUAACCGAGCGUAAAAGGUGUUCCAGUGAACCUCCCCAGUCCAUUACUAUUAAUGAAUUUGUUUGGGAAGCCCCAGCUGUGAAACCCCCGUCCCCACAGAUUGAUCCUAGACUUUGUCCCCGGUUAGGAAGUUUGUUAACACUCAGAACUGUCUCUGAAGGACCUAUUGCUAUUCCCCUUGAGUAUUCAGAUAAUCCUAGAUCAUUAUUGAGUUCCUAUCAUCGAAAUUAUGUGCCUUUGCAAUCUAGAAAUUAUACCGAUGAUAAUGUUCCUGUUUUUCGCCGAGCAGAUAGUAGAUCUCCCCCUCAAGAAAAUCGCAUACCAUGA